UAUUUUAUUCCGUGUGUUGUUGUUUUUAAGCUCUGCAUCGUUGGGAAGGGCUCUGAGCAAGUAUUUCAUGGUAAAGUCUAAAGCAGGUGUAUUAGGCGCAUGCGAGAAAUACAAUUUGAUUUGAUCAUACUAAUUUGAGUGUCGUAUUUAUGUUUACUGUUACCUCUAAUCUAUGAGACCAGGCUGGACUGCACAGCAGCCAUAUAAUCGCCCACGCCCUCCAUACUCUGGGACUGUAUCAACCAAUGACUGUAUAUACGAAGGUAUCAGCACGCUAGGCUACUUCGCAUCUCCUUGCGGGAUAGCCUAUGCUGUUUCAGGACAGGACGUCACGGCUUUGACCUAGGGCAAAGAAGCACGAGUUACCCACUUCCAUCAGUGUUCUUUGUUGGAAUUUGGCACGCAGAGCAUCUGAACGUACUUCAGUUUACCGGGCCGAGCACACACGAGCCAGCAGGUGCCAUGGAGUCGCAGCUCUCUGCCAGCGCAUAUCUCGUCCUAGCAUUGGUCUCCACAACCUCUGGGUUCUUCUGGACUCCCCGGGGUCCUCAGAUGUACCCCUGCCUCACCUACAUGGAGCGCAACCUGCGGGUGGACUGUGAGUUCCCUGUGGAAGACAACCCUGCACACCUAGGCCCCUACUGCGAGUACAAGCAGGACAGCCGACUGGUGGGCAGCACCUACCCCAACGCUGUGUCCCUGGUGUCCACAGACAACCGGAGGAGGGCCAACGUGAGCCUGGUCAACCCCACCGUGUGUCGCCUCACCUGGGCUCCGAUGGCAGACGAUAAGCCCUACACCUACACCUGCAGGGUGUACCAGGGGUCUACCUGGAAGGAGAACAGCAUGGCUGUACACCAGCGAAUUCUUCCAAUCUGUUCAGCCCUCAGCGUGAUGUUCCAUACCGGGCUAUUUCUUCUGUCCCUUGUGAUGUCACUUCCUGUAACUACGGGUCUCCUCUCUCCCUGACCUCCUUUCAAUGUACAGAUAGCUAGAUGUUUUUAAACAGAUUUUCAUAUCAUUAUUAUAGUUCACAAUAAUAACUACAAUUUACUGAGAUCAUAGACAAUGUGUAAUUAGUGUGAAACAGUGGUAUGUUGGAGGCUGUGGCUCCAUAUUCACUGUUUUCUGACCACUUCAAUGAUCACUUCAAAAACUGAUCCAUCAGACGAGUUCUUAUUCUGUACUAUCUAUUCUCUAUACUUUAGGCUUUGCUUUUGGAGUAUCAGGUGAGAAUCCUAUCAAACAAUUUCUUUAUAUCAGUCAAACUUUCAGGACUUCCAGACUUUCACGCUCAUAUCAGCCCUUUGUCUCAGGGAUGCUAGUACUGGAAUGGAUGGUCAUAUCCUAAAGAGAUUCACAAUGGCUAUGUUUACCACAGGCAGACCAAUAGUGAUAUUUUUCCACUCAUCGUUUUUUUAAACAAUCAGGUUAGUUAAAAGAAGCCUUUGUGGAAAGAUAUAUAUAAUUAUAUAUCUUUAAAAAAAAUAUUAUCCUUUAUUAUUUUACCCUAACACUACCACCCCUCCCCUAAUUGGAGUAAACUAGUGUUCAAUUCAUGAAUCAUUAAUUCAUUAGGCCUAUGGAUUUUACAUGUCUGGGUGGGUGCACAGCCUGCGAGGGCAUAGGCCCACCCACUUGGGAGCCAAGCCCACCCACUGGGGAGCCAUGCCCAACCAAUCAGAGUACGUUUUUCUCCACAAAAGGGCUUUAUUACAGACAGAAAUACUCCUCAGUUACAUCAGCUGUCCAGGUGGCUGGUCUCAGACGAUCACGCAGGUGAAGAAGCCGGAUGUGGAGGUCUUUGCUGGCAUGGUUACACGUGGUGUGCGGCUAUGAGGCUAGUUGGAUGUACUGUCUAAUUCUCUAUAAUUACGUUGGAAGCGGCUUAUGGUAGAGAAAUGAACAUUAAAUUAUCUGUCAACAGCUCUGUUGUACAUCCUGCAGUCAGCAUGCCAAUUGCACACUCCUUCAAAACUUAAGACAUCUGUGGAAUUCUUUUGU